UCAGCCCUUGGCCAGAUCAAGUGUAGCAAGAAUGAAUGUCCCCUGGUUUUGUAAGCAUUGGUCGUUCCUACUGGCUCAGUUGGCGUGGAGGGUGGCCUGCCUUUGUGUGGCAUGAUAUAUGCCUCACUUUGAUUUAUGUUGUUGUCGGACAUGGCUGAAUCAAAAGCUAAGCAGGUCUGGGUAAACACGUUUUCCUAUGAAACACAACACAUGUAGAACUAAAAUAUACAUUCGUAAUAUUUUAGAUAUUAUAGAACAACUUAAAACAAAUACAUACAGUAUGUAAUGAAAAGGCAUCAAUAAGUUUAAAAGACAUACCAGACAAUAUUUUUUUGGCUGCAUCUGGGCACAUCAGUCGGCUUUCCAUCUUAACAUCUUAAGUGCAGAUGAUAAUGUAUUUCUUCCACAAAAGAGCUGCAAACGCAAUAGAUGUUACAUUCUACAUUUGGUGGAGCACUAAGGGCAUAUUGUUUUCGCACAAAGACCAAUAGGUCAGUCUUUCCAGAGAGCAAUAGACAUUCUGUUCCAAAACCCCACACCCACCCCACCUCACCACGACUACAGUACAACCACCCCACCAAUGCCAAGGGGUGGUUGCCAUGGCGAGACAAAGAGCACUAGGAUGUGACAGGACUGCAGAGGUCAUCAACAAACAACACUGUCGCUACUGUGACUGCAGUCACCCACCAACUAUUUGACAUUUCCCCUUUAAGACUAUUAAUAUAAAUAAUUAGCGUCAUUUUGCCUGGGUAACAGUGAAGUGAAAGCUCUGCCUGGGCUAUAAGGCAAUUGUCAGCUAAUAAUUCUUUUCCGCUUAAUAAGCUGUGGUAUGAAUCGAGGAGCUCUUAUAAAGGCUGUGCAGGCUGUCUUGCAGUUGCAUGAAGCUUUCAUGAGUUGAAAUAUUUUCUGGGCAUGUCUCUGGUGAUGUGGCUUUUGUAAAGAAAAUCUACCACAUUGUGCAGGCUCUCUCAGACAGUCAUUCUAUUUCAAGUCAAGACACGGAAAAAAACAGGGACAUAUUUCAUUGUUUCUCACCAAGUUGAGCCAUGGAUGACCAAAACAAGAUGAUGCCGCGUCCUCUUUUUCUGCGCGGGGACCCAUUCCACGACUGGACGAUGCCGAGCCGUCUCUUCAACAGAGACCUCGAGUUUCCACCUUUCCUGGACGAGAGGGAUCUAAACUGGCUGGAGUGGGCGCAGAAGAGGCUAGCGGCGACCUCCUGGCCUGGGUACAGACACGCUCCUGUCAUAUCUCCUCCAGGAUCGCACCCGAGCACCAGGGCUCAGUCACAAGUAACUGAGGGAACCUCAGAACUGGUCAUUGGCCAAGGGACCUGGAGAGUGUCUCUGGACAUCAAUCAGUUUACCCCUGAGGACAUCACAGUCAGGACGAAGGACGGCUACCUAGAAAUAACAGGUAAACAUGAGGAGAGGCAAGACGCACAUGGGCUGGUCUCACGGAGCUUCAAUAGGAAAUACAGACUGCAAAACAGACCCAUGCACAUCAAACAAGGAUUUAAUUAUCAUGUGUUAUACUGCCAGCUGAAGUGGACACAGAGAACAUUGUCUGCUCCGUGUCACCAGGGGGUGUGCUCUCCGUAGAAGCACCACUGCCAGCCUCUGGCACCAGACAUGUAGAAGAAAUUGUCAUCCCUAUUCAGAUGCUGCAGCAGUAGAUCACAGUCCUGCCUACACUCUUCAUUUUCUAUGACUCUCUCCCCCUCUGACUCUCUUUCUACACACACACACACACACAGCCUAUCACACUUAUGACACAUAAAGCUUUAUAUGUGUAGUAUAAUGAAUAAAUGCUUUGAAUAUC